AUGGCAGAUUCAAUCCUCUUUGGGAUUGCACAGAAGAUCAUUGAAAACAUAGCUUCUGCAGCUGUGCAAGAGAUUGGAUCCAUCUGGGGUGUAACGAAGGAGCUUUCUGGACUUGAAAAAACCAUUUCAACAAUCAGAGAUGUACUUCUUGAUGCUGAGGAGAAGAAGAACCAUAACCGCCAGGUCAGCAACUGGCUCAAGGAGCUUGAAGAUGUUGUUUACGAGGCUGAUGACUUUAUGGAUGAUGUCUCCACUGAAGCUUUGCGGCGACAACUGAUGAGUGGAACUAAUGUGGGCAAGAAGGUAAGCACUUUCUUCUCAUCCUCCAACCAACUUUUGUUUCGUCGCACCAGGGCUCAUAAAAUAAAAGACAUCAAUGAUAGGCUAGCUGCGAUUAGUAAGAAUCGCACCAACUUGCAUUUGGAGGAGCGCCAUGAGGAGUCUAGAGUUGUCCUUAGAGCUAGGGACCAAACUCACUCUUACAUACCUAAAAAAGAAGUUGUUGGGAGGGAGAGUGAUAGAAAGGCCAUACUAGACCUUUUGUUAGAUCCCAAGGUUGAAGAGAAUGUGUCAGUUUUGCCAAUAGUGGGUUUGGGAGGUUUAGGAAAAACCACACUUGCUCAACUUAUCUUUCAUGAUGAGGAGGUUGGAAAAAAUUUUGAGUUGAAAAUGUGGGUGUGUGUCUCAGAAGAUUUUCAGUUGAAGUCACUGGUUGAGAAAAUUAUUAAAUCUGCUACUGAUAAGAGUCCAGGGGAUCUCGAGAUGGAUCAAUUGCGAAAGCAACUGCAAGAGGAAAUAAAUGGAAGGCGAUAUUUUCUUGUGCUUGAUGAUGUUUGGAAUGAUGAUCAACAAUUAUGGAGAGACUUAAAAAACUUAUUGUCAAAUGGUGCAAAGGGGAGUAGAAUAAUGAUAACCACUCGUAGUAAAGUAGUUGCAGAGAUUACUAGAACGGAACCAUAUAUGUUGGGGAUUUUAAAUAAAGAUAAUUCCUGGUCUUUAUUUAAAAAUGUGGCUUUCAAGCUUGGGCAAGAGCCAAACAACUCCAACACUGCAAAAACUGCAAUGGAAAUUGUGGACAAGUGUGGAGGUAUUCCUCUUGCUAUUAGGACAAUUGGAAGCAUGUUAUAUUCCAUACCAGAAACAGAAUGGUCCUCUUACCUUGAAAUGGAAUUUUCAAGGAUACCUCAAAAUGAAAAUGAUAUUUUACCCACACUCAAACUUAGUUAUGAUAACCUCCCAUCACAUUUGAAACAUUGUUUUGCUUAUUGUAGUAUAUUUCCAAAAGAUUGUGAAAUUAAAGUUGACAUGUUAAUAAAACUGUGGAUGGCACAAGGAUUUAUUAAGCCAUCAAUUCCAGUUCAAUCUUUGGAGAAGGUGGGCUAUGAGUAUUUUAAGGAUUUACUUUGGAGAUCUUUCUUUCAAGAAGUAACAGAAAAUGAUUUUGGUGAUAUAAUAUCUUGCAAAAUGCAUGACCUCAUGCAUGAUCUUGCAGUACAAGUAGCAGGAACCGAGUGUGCUACAUUGCAUUCUGUUGGAGAAAAUAUCGAUGGAAGAACUCGGCAUGUAUCUAUCGAUUUUGUUUUCGAUCCAUCAGGUCGGUUUCCAACUAUUUUCCCUAGCAAAAAUAGGAUUCGAACAAUUCUUUAUCCUCAACUAUCAUGGGAUUUAGAAAUGUCAGUAAGUUGGGAUGUUGUUUUACGUUUAAAGGUCCUGCGUACAUUAGAUCUUCAUCAGCAUAGGCUUAAGAAAGUGCCCAAUUCUAUUGGUAAGUUGAAGCAUUUAAGGUAUCUUGAUCUUUCUGGGAAUAGGGAUAUCAAGACACUACCAAAUUCAAUUACCAAGCUGCAGAAUUUGCAGACAUUGAAACUGUCAGAUUGCAGUGGUUUAGUAGAAUUUCCAACAGACUUUAAGAAGCUACUGAAUCUUAGGCAUCUUGAGAAUGACGGAUGUUGGGGGUUGACUCAUAUGCCUCGUGGGCUGGGACAAUUGAGUAAUCUUGUGACUUUAAAAGAGUUCGUAGUGAAUGAGAAGGGCGUGGGUCCGACCAAUAAGCGGCAUAAUCAAGGUCAGGUGUGCGUGGGUGGGCUUAAUGAAUUAAUGGAACUCAACGACUUGAGAGGAGAGUUGCACAUAACAAACUUGAAACAUGGAAAAGAUGCGAGUGAAGAAUAUAAGGAUGCAAAGUUGAAGGAAAAACAACAUCUUCAUGCCUUAGCGUUAAAAUGGUUAAAUCUAAGCAAUGAUAAUGAUGACAAUGUUGAGGCAACGUCCGAGGCUGAGGAUUAUGAAAUUACGUUGGAAAGCUUGCAACCACACCCAAAUCUUAAGAAAUUAUAUAUAAUUGGUUACAGCGCCGGCAUUAGACUUGCAAGUUGGUUUUCCUCGCUUGCAGCACUUGACAGAUUGGUCUUAUAUAGUUGUAAGAAAAUAAAAAAUGUGUCGCCACUGAGUCAACUCCCCUGUCUCAAAUCAUUGAGGUUGGGGUGGUUGUCUUCCUUGGAGUAUAUUUCAAACAGUAAUGUGAUGUCAGUACCGCUAUUGUCUACCUUACAAAGGCUUGAGUUUGAUGACUUACCCAAUCUAAAGGGAUGGUGGAAGGAUGUUAGUGAAGAAGAAGAAGAAGAUAUACCUCCAUUUGAAUGUCUUUCUCAAUUAACUAUCAGCCAUUGCCCCCAGUUGACUUCCAAUAUGCCACUUUACCCCUGUCUGGAAGGAAAACUUGAGUUGACUGAUAAUUAUAUGUUGAAGACUUUCCAACGAACACAGCAGGUGUUAACCUGCAGCCUUACUUCUCUCAAGAAGCUGCGUAUCCGGCAUUGUCCAAAUUUAAAGACCUUAUUACCUGCUUUUCAACAUCUCACCUCUCUUCAAGAACUAGAGAUUACCAGUUGCCAUGAGGUUGACAUAUACGGAGACGGUGGGGAUGGAAAUAUGUGGCAAGCUCUUCAAAGCCUUCAUGAUCUCGAGUUCAAUGGUCUUCCACAACUGGAAACUCUCCCUGACGGGCUUCAACAACUUACCUCCCUCGAGAUGCUUACAUUGGCAGAGUGCAAGGGUUUGGUGCAUAUUCCGGAAUCGAUCGGCAACCACAAAUCACUUCGAGAGCUUAAUAUUAAGGGGUCCAACAAAUUGGCAUCGCCCCCUGAAGGAAUGCGUCAGCUCACCUCUUUACAAGAACUUUGUAUUGGAGGCUUGCCAGAACUGGAAACUCUCCCUGAUGGGCUACAGCAACUUAGUUCCCUCCAAAAACUUAUAUUGUAUGCAUGUGAGAGUUUGGUGGGUAUUCCGGAAUGGAUCGGCAACCUCAAAUCACUACGAAGGCUUCGUAUUACCGGGUCCAACAAAUUGACAUCGCUUCCUGAAGGAAUGCGUCAGCUCACCUCUUUGCAAUCACUUGAUAUUGGAUAUUUUCCACCACUGGAAACUCUCCCUGACGGGCUACAGCAACUUACCUCCCUCCAAGAACUUUCAUGGGAAUCGUGUAAGAGUUUGGUGGGUAUUCCGGAAUGGAUCGGCAACCUCAAAUCACUUCGAGAGCUUUAUAUUUCCGGGUGCAACAAAUUGACAUCGCUUCCUGAAGGAAUGCGUCAGCUCACGUAUUUGGAAGAACUUUCUAUUAGAGAUUGUGAUCCAAUCUUAAAGCAAAGAUGUGAAAGGGAAACAGGAGAGGAUUGCCAUAAGGUUUCUCACAUCCCAUGGUUGUAUAUAAAUGGUGAAAGGAUUAAUCUUCCACAAGAACCAUCCACUUCUUCUUCAGCUUUUGGGUUGGUUUUUUCAGAGAUGGUUCACAUUACUCCAAUUUGUUACAAUGGGAAAAUCAAUUAUCAUUCCCUUGUUAUUACAUAUAUUAACAAUCACGGCUAA